AUGGGCAACCAAACGUACCUGGCCAUCGUGCACCCGCUCGUGUCCCGGGUGCAACAGAGCAAGGCCCGGGCCAAGCGCAUUCUGCUGGGAGUGUGGACGGUGCCCUGCCUCCUGGCCGCGCCUUUUCUGCACCCGGCCAAGGCAGAGUCCGACACCCUGUGGUCCCAGUACGGGAGUAUCUCGAGGAGAAGCUGCCUCAUCACCCUCGAGCCGGGAUUCAGGAGGGGCUACUACGCCUGCCUGUUUCUGCUAAUGUACCUACUGCCCCUGGCCUUCAUCGGCUGGACCUGCGGACGCAUCGCGCGCUGCCUGCUCCGAGGCAUCUCGCUCACCAGGCAGGGCAGCCUCAGGAGACAGGAGGCCAACCGAAGAAAGGUGGCCAAGAUGGUGAUGGUGGUGGCGGCGGCGUUCGCGCUGUCCUGGACCCCGUACUUCCUGGUGUCCAUGGUGACCCAGUUCGGCACCAACUACCUGGAGCGGCAGAACUACUUCUUCACCAUGCUGAGCAUCAACCUGCUCGCCUUCCUCAACUCGUGCGUCAACCCCUUCAUCUACGCGGCCAUGAGCUCCCGCUUCAGGGCGGGCUUCCGCAGGAUCCUGCAUCCCGCCUGCGGAGGAUGCCACGGCCACGAGCAAUGGACCAAGGCUUCCAGGCCGGUGAACUGCUCGUCCAUUCCUCACAUUUAG